AUGUUUUCUACCUUCACCGGUCAGUCGACCGGGAGACGUCGUAACGUCAACCUCAGUGGAAACACAGCACAUAAUCCAUGGGCCGCUCCGGCAACACUAGGUGCCUCCACCACCGUAUCAAGAGCGGCAGCCGAACGCGAAAAGAGGCAGAGAGAAAAGGAGAAGCUCAGGGCUGCUGAGCGUAUCCAGAGAGUAUGGCGGGGCAGUCAGAUUAGGCAACAUCUCAGGGCCCAAGAUCGCGCCGCCAUCGACGACCUGUACCACCAUAACCAAAACGACCUCGAAAGGAGAUCCGCCAAAGCACUUCCCCUACUGCUGAGGUCCUUCCAAAGUAAGAACCACAAUGACCGUCGACGAAUGGUGUGGCUCUGUCGCGAUCUUUGCAACUCGAGCCUCCAUUUGUUCCGGUCCCAGGGAGCGGAAGGAUUUCAACUUGACAGGCUUGUUCGGAAGCUCACAGGCGCACUGCAGAAAGAAUUAAAUCUGGGCCCUGAUAUCCACGUUGUGCUCUCCGUACUUCUGGAAGUUAUGGACCUUCGACCACAAGCUAUUGGGCAUGUUCUCGAUCAAUAUUACAGGGUGAUGGCUAACUACUGCAACCUUGCCCCGAGCUUGCAGCAGCCGUUUACGCUGCUCAGCCAGGCGGUCACAAAACCCCUAUCAGUGGGGACCUUCCCAGCCUAUCAUGCCUUUGCUUUUGACUUCUUGGCAACACCAGACUUGAACAUGUUUGAGAACAACCUCUACCUAUUUUGUGCCAAUAUCGACCUAGACCGCCUCUCGGAUACGCUCGCCUCUGAGAAGUUUGAGGCCACACAAUUAGACGUACCCAGAGCUAGAUUGCUAUGGCUUUUGGCGCACUUGAUUGCACUUCAAGAGGCAAAGCAGCAGCAAAACGUACAUGCCAGCUACCUCGGCGUCCUCUGCUCCCUUUUAUCCGUUCUUUCAGACCAGAUUCAGCUUGCAGCGGAACCGGUUGCCGAUGCUGGGCUCGAUGGUGAGGAUGACGUGGCUCAGGGGACCCUGCCGGCGUAUGUCUCGGGUAAGCUGGCCUUGCUGACAACGUCGAGGGCCAUUACUGGGCUGCUCGAGACUUCUGCUCCAUUUUCCCUGGGCCACGAGUCAAGCUCACUCGGCGAUGCUAGUCCCUAUGCUGGCUAUGUCCUGACAUUGCUAUCCUGCUUCCCCAACGCGGGCGAAGAAAUUCGCAUGCGUCUGUUUUACUCGAAUGUUCCGACAAGGACGGGUAGGGUGCCUGCGCUGGAAUAUUUGUGGCAGGUGAUGAAGCGGACGGUGGUGUUUAGAAGCAUCGCGUCCGAGUCGGAAGCCGCGUUGGGGAUUCUCAAGUCGGCGCCGCAGACAUCGAAUCUGCAUGGGGAAAAUGACUCGUGGCAUCAGCAGUGGAGGACGAUUUUGCUGUUUUUGGAGCUUUAUGUGUUUGUGCUCAAGGUGACGGAUGAUGCCGACUUCUUUGCGAUACUGGAGGGUGACAAGCCGGGGAAUGGAACGGCUGGGGAGGAUUUGCCGAGGACGAGGUCGAGCGGCUUGGACAUGGAGAGUGUCAAGAAGCUGACGUUGUUUCUGAAGCACUUGGGGUUUGUGCUUUAUUACAACAUGGCUGAGUUGUUGGCUUCGUGGGCUUCGUCGAGGAAUUUGAGGGGUCUGAGUAGGCCGUCGAUGUUUGUGGUGACGGCGGGGGUGGGUUUGGAUAAGGUGAGGGGGUUGGUCCUGGCGGCUAUGAGGGGGUUGUACGAGCGUGAUUCUCGGAGACCCUUUCUGCCCAAGGACCACUGGUUGAUGACGGAGAAGUUUGAUAUGGCUGGGUUCAAGGAGGCGGUCGUGGUGGAGGCGGAGCGGCAGAGGGCGCUUGGGCAUGCUGAGGGGGAGGAAGAUGAGGGGAUGGGUGUGGAGGAGGAGCAUGAGCCAGAGGAACGGGAUUGGCGGCAUGGACCACAUCGGACUGUGGGUCGACAAGCGCUGCUUGAGGCGCGACAGAAGCUAGCCGCGAGGGAACAGGCCCGGGCCAAGGUGGCACCGAAACUGGAGGUUCUGAAGAAUCUUCCGUUUGUGGUUCCGUUUGACCAGCGGGUGAUGAUCUUUCGGCAGUUUAUCACUCUUGACAAGCUGCGGAGGAGAAGUGGCCAUGCGGACCCGGACAGCUGGCGCAUGAUGAUGCUGGAGGCUGAUCCCACCAGGAACUCGUUGGCGAGGCACCAAGCCCUGAUCAGGCGAGGGAGCUUGUUCCGGGAUGCGCAGGGAAGUCUGUACCCGCUGGAAGAGGCAAUCAAGGAGCCGGUGCAGAUUACUUUUCUGGAUCAAUGGGGGAUGCAGGAGGCGGGGAUUGACGGGGGCGGAGUGACGAAGGAGUUCUUGACAAGUGUGAUUGCCGAGAUGCUGUCCGACACCAGCUUGUUCGUCGCCAACAGCAAGAACGCAUACUACCCAAACCCUCUGAUAGUCGAGCAGUGGUUGGCUUUGGCGAGGAAGCGCGGUCUCAGCGAGUCCGAGACCAGGACCAAGUUGCUCAGACAAUAUGAAUUCGCCGGACGGCUCAUUGGAAAAUGCAUGUAUGAGGGGAUCCUCAUCAAUGUCGUUUUUGCCGGUUUCUUCCUGCUCAAGUGGACGACAGCGGAUACCAAACAAGCCAGCCUGAAUGAUCUGAGAGAGCUGGACGAAGAGCUCUACCGGGGAUUGCUGUUCUUGAAGAACAACGAAGACCAGGUGGACGACAUGGGCUUGAACUUUGCCCUGGAUGUCGACAUUUCAACGCCAGAGGAUAAGCAGCCCAAUAUUGUCUCUCGACCGCUCUGCCCCAACGGCAAUAACAUUCCCGUCACGAAGGGGAACAGGUUAAAGUACAUUGUCCAGCUGGCCAAGUACAAACUCGCCCUGCAACCUUUUGCGCAGACGCAGGCUUUCCUCAAGGGUCUCAAGAUGGUGAUUGAGCCGGGUUGGCUGAGCAUGUUCAACCAGAACGAGCUUCAGCGGCUGGUGGGCGGGGACAGCGGAGCGAUCGAUGUGGAUGAUUUGAGGAGGAACACGGUGUACAGUGGGCCUUACCAGAUUGGGGACGACGGGCAGGAGCACGAGACGGUGAAGCUGUUUUGGGAGGUAAUGGAGGAGUUUGGGGACGAGGAGAGGAGGGAGGUGCUGCAGUAUGUGACGAGCACGCCGAGGGCGCCGCUGCUGGGGUUCAGCCAGCUUUUUCCGAGGUUCACGAUUGGGUAUGGGGGGCAGGAUGAGGACAGGCUGCCGAGCGCGAGUACGUGUAUCAAUUUGUUGAAGCUGCCGAGGUAUAGUCGGAAGGGGGUGUUGAGGGAGAAGUUGUUGUAUGCGGUGAAGAGUGGGGCGGGGUUUGAUUUGAGUUGA